AUGUCUCCAAACAUGAGCUGUGACCUGCUGCCGGCCUUUGAGCCAAACACUUUGGCCAAAAGAAAAGAAGCUUUGGAAAUGAGAAAGACUCUGAAGCCUCUGAUGGAGAAAAGAAGGCGCGCUCGGAUCAACGACAGCCUCAACCAUCUGAAAAACCUCAUCCUCCCGCUCACAGGCAGAGAUAAAAGUCGUUAUUCAAAGCUGGAAAAGGCGGAUAUUCUGGAGAUGACGGUGAGAUUCCUCAGUCAGAUGCCUCCUGCUGCCUCCAAAAAUCCAGCAGAGAGCUACACAGAGGGUUAUAAAGCCUGUCUCCAGCGCGUGACCACUCUGCUCCCCAGAACCAGCCUGGACCAGAGCGCGUGCCAGCGCGUCACUGACUUCGUGCAUCAGUCCAUGUCCGCGAGCCUCAAGCCCACGUGCCUCAACUGCUGCGGCCAGAGCUCGAGGACCCUGCCCCAGAUCCAGCAGCGGCUCCAGAGCCUCAAGUCCAGCUUCAGCUCCAGAGCCCAGCUUCAGCCCGCGUCUCCCGGGAGCGCGCAGCAGCAGCAGGCCGUGCCCGCGCCCAUGUGGAGGCCGUGGUAG